AUGUCCUCUCUUUCUUCUUCCUCCUCCAUAUCCGACACGGAAACAGACCGCAGGGGCCGACAAGAACGCCCUCGCAUGGCCAGCCGGAAACCGAGUGCUUCGAUAUUAGUACCACGGGAUCAUCCAGAAAUCGAAAUUGAAGAGGAAGAAUUCCCCCCCGACGACGCUAGAGCCAUGAGCCCUCGACGCAAUUCAGCCGACUUGGAACGACUGGGAAAAGAGGCCAGACAGACCUUGCAGGAACAAGCAAAGGCCCUCCAGUCCUCUCUCCAGGCUCUCGCCGAACGAAUCGAAGCGGUGAAGUCGGAUCACGAUAAACUCGAGAACGAGAACAAAUUUCUCCAGGAUUACAUCGGUGGAUUGACUCGAAAUAUGACCAAGAGCGAAAUGACGAGAACAAGUACGAAGGAUGCUGGAAACGCUUCAUUUGCAUAUGUUACUCCUACAACGGACUUGGAUCUCAUCAGGCUCCUUGGGGGAAUCAGCAUAAUCACGCCUCUCACAGGCCUCUCGUCGGAACUCGAUCGGCCCUCGACCAGCCAUCUGUGUCAUGAGAACGUUGAUGUCUUGAGAUUCGAGUGA